ACUUUGGAAUGGAACCUCCUCCCCGCACCUCGGUUUUCCCCUCCUCGCCCCAGCAAAUUCUGGCAGUGACUGAAGCCUUUCCACACCGUGUUCCUUUAUCCUCACACCUGCAGCCUGGUCUUGAGCCUGUGGGGAGAGUGGAAGGACCUAGGCCUACCGGCUCGGGUGCAGCGGAAAGGUGGCGGUUGCCUUUAUCCCGGUGCCUUUAGGCGUCAGCAGAGGAGAGCAAGGAUGGCGAGGCCCCAUCGAGAUGGUUUUUCCAUUCCCCUGUUAACUAUUCGCUAAACAUUUAUCAUUUUGGCGUUUAAAGUAUGUCAUCAUGGCAAAGUUUCGAAGAAGGACUUGCAUCAUUUUGUCACUUUUUAUUCUAUUUAUUUUUUCUGUGAUGAUGGGUUUAAAAAUGCUGAGACCAAAUAAAGCUGCUUUUGGAGUUCCUUUUGGACUUGACCUUCUUCCAGAAGUUCAUCAACGACCUCCUCGCUUGGGGAAAAUUUUUGAUUCCCAAAUGAGUGACAAAAUCAACAGUGAAACAAAUACCAAGAAUUUAAAAAGAGUUGAAAUCACUGUGAAACCUUCCAAAGCCUCUGAACCUUACGUGGAAGAUCUGCCGCCUCUGAAUUAUUAUUUACAUGUAUUUUAUUACAGUUGGUAUGGAAAUCCACAAUUUGAUGGUAAAUACAUACACUGGAACCAUUCAGUUCUGAAGCAUUGGGACCCUAGAAUAAACAAGAAUAACCCACAAGGGAAACACAAUCCCCCAGAUGACAUUGGCUCCAGCUUUUACCCUGAGUUAGGGACUUACAGCUCUCGGGAUCCUGCUGUCAUCGAGACUCACAUGAAGCAAAUAUACUCAGCUUCAAUUGGUGUUCUAGCUCUAUCUUGGUAUCCACCCGGGUUACAUGAUGAGAAUGGAAUACCUACUGAUGACUUGGUACCAACUAUUUUGGAUAAAGCUCAUAAAUAUAAUCUAAAGGUCACUUUUCACAUCGAACCAUAUAGCAAUCGAGAUGAUCAAAACAUGUAUGAAAAUGUCAAAUAUAUUAUAGACAAGUAUGGCAAUCAUCCGGCCUUUUACAGGUACAAGACUAAGACCGGCAACUCUCUUCCUAUGUUUUACAUCUAUGAUUCCUAUAUUACAAAGCCUGAACAAUGGGCCAAUCUGUUAACCAUCUCAGGGCCUUGGAGCAUUCGCAAUUCUCCUUAUGAUGCAUUGUUUAUUGCACUUCUAGUAGAAGACAAACAUAAAUAUGAUAUCCUUCAAAGUGGUUUUAAUGGAAUUUACACAUAUUUUGCUACAAAUGGCUUUACUUAUGGCUCAUCAUAUGAGAACUGGGGUAGGUUAAAAUUAUUUUGUGAUCACUUCCAGCUAAUGUUUAUCCCGAGUGUGGGCCCGGGAUACAUAGAUACCAGCAUCCGUCCAUGGAACACCCAGAACACUCGGAACCGAGUCAAUGGGAAGUAUUACGAAACGGCCCUGAGUGCUGCACUCCAAGCCCACCCCAGUGUAAUUUCCAUCACUUCUUUUAAUGAGUGGCAUGAAGGAACUCAGAUUGAAAAAGCUGUUCCCAAAAGAACCAGUAACACAGUGUACCUGGAUUACUGGCCUCAUAAACCAAGUCAUUAUCUAGAACUAACUCGCAAGUGGUCUGAAAAAUACAGUAAGGAAAGAACAACUUAUGCGUUAGAAAACCAGCCGCCUGUUUCUUAAUGCAUUAACAUUUAGUAAUUAUAGACAUAUCCUCAUUUCAAUAAAUGCCUUUGGUUUGUGUUACGGAAAGAAAACUGUCAAAAUCAGUUUGCAUUGUUACUAUUAUCUUUUAUGAAAAUGACUUGUACUUUUUCACAGAUAAUAAUGGUAUCAUUGCUACCCUUCACAAUGUUGCACAGAAAAUACCUGAAACUGCAGAAACAUUCCUUGUGCCAUCAUCUGCUAAUUUUCUGACCAACAGUGAAAUCCUGCUUUCAUAGCAAUUUAAUUUUUAUUUACAACGGGUAAGUGCUUGUUACCUAGAAUAGUUAGCACACAGUUAAACCCUACUUGUAUUCUGGCCCAAACACACAGAAUUGUGUGUUUUCCAUAUAUAUCGAAGAAAAAAAGACCUGAAAGAUAAUGUACGCGUUUCAUCUCUGUUUUUUCAGUGAUUCAAUCAACUUUAUUGUAUUAGGGUUUGGAUUCUGGAUAACUCUUUAAUAAUAAUUCUUAAGAAAAAUAAAGUCAUAUACCUUCAACCUCACUGUGAACCAUACUGUGUUAGGAAGGCCUGCGUUCUGCAGUCCAAGAUGCCCUCAUUUGCAGACUUCUGGUUACCCAUAGCAUGCUGGAUGCGUUGGAUUUCUAAUGUGUCUGCUGUACAGUGAGUGCUGAAUUCUAGAUUUUAGACCCAUAGAAAGUUCUUUUAUAGAAGUUAAUGAUGGUACCUUAUUUAAGAAACAUAUAGUUGUUUCACUAUAAAAUUAAAAAAAACAUAUACUUGUUUCAAAAUUAUUGUGAAGAUAUAAUGCCCAAAAUGGUUACCAUUUCUAGAGUAUAUUGUCAGUCUUUAACUUGUCCUGUUAACCAUGUCUUUCAGUUUAAUCAGAGACCAACCUUUAGAUCAGAAAAAAGUUGAUACUAUUUUUGGAUUGCCUUCAUUUAAUAUUUUAAACUAUUUAUACUAAAAGUACAUUUAUUUAGCUUUUUUAUAGGAUUUUAGGGACAUAGAAAUGAAAAUUCCUUUGUCUUAAAUUCAUUCCUGAAGUUUUGGCAUUUGAUUAACACUUAAUGAUAGAAAUAGUAUUCUAUUUAAAAGACAAUACUUUUAAUUAUUAUAUAUAACCCAGUUUUAAUUAUUAUACUUGUAUGGUUCCAAUUAGGUUAAAUAUUUGUGGGUAGUUAUUUGUGGUAUUGUGACAGGUUAAUUACCUGUAUGCUAGCUAAGAAUGAAUCUCUUUACUUUAAAAACUAGAGCAUAGAAUACAUUAUAUUAUUCAGUGAAUAUUUUUAUCUAGAACUAUAGUAAAAAUCUAAUAUAUAUGUUAUCAUAUGAAUAUUAUUUCUUAUUUAUUAAAGAAAAGCAAUAGGGUAAUAGUAAACCAUAAUACAUAUAAAUCUUCAGAGUAUUAACACAUUCUGAAACAAAUUGGCCAUGGAAUUUAUUAUAAAAUAGCCUAUCAGAGGAUGAAAUUUAUUUGUAAGCUGUGGAUUUGAAGUAAAAUAACAUGUUUACAACUUAAGAAUUUGCCAUUUCUCAGAGAAUGAUCAGGCCUCAGGAAAUUAGUACAAUAGUAAUGAUCUAUUUUCUAUAGGAAAUAUCAAGGAAAAAAAUCACUGUACUGAUUGAUAUAACCAAGCAUCUUCAUAGGAACACUCAAACCUGUGGAUUUUUUUUCUAAUAUCUACUAGCCACUAUAUAGCACUGGAGGGAUAACUCUAAAUAUGUCAUACUAAUAAUAUUUUAUAAUAUACCAUGUUUUACUAAAGUUUAGUUAGAGAAAUAUCUACUGUGGAGGAAUUUUUAUCACUCUUAUGUUGUAUAUUUGAGCCCAGUAUGAUAAGAAAUUAGUUUUAUGAAAUAGUUCUAAGAUUAAGGGAGAGUGUAUAAGAACAAGGUCAGCAAAUCCUCAGCACACACACCACCCUCCCUGUACUGCCCCUGCUGCAGAAAUGGAAACUCCACUGCAGCACGGUUUGCCUCUGACCUCCGCUGUGGUUCCCAGCACAGCACCCCAGCAGCCAGGAAGUCAGUCAGAUUCCAAAGUAUAACAGAUUUUGUCUUCAUUGCAGAAAGUUGUCAUCAAGGGAAGGAUGUUUGGAAUCUGAUCUCGUAAUGGCUUACUAAUUUAUAAUUAUAUGAAUAUUAUAUUCCUUUUAUCCUUUAAAAAAGUUAUUAGGAAGAAUUAUCUCUAAUAGUUUUGCUAGCCCUGGCUGGCGUAGCUCAGUGGAUUGAGCGCAGGCUGGGAACCAAAGUGUCCCAGGUUCGAUUCCCAGCCAGGGUACAUGCCUGGGUUGCAGGCCAUAACCCCCAGCAACCACACAUUGAUGUUUCUCUCUCUCUGUCUUUAUCUCUCUACCUCUAUCUCCCUCCCUUCCCUCUCUAAAAAUAAAUAAAUAAAAUCUUUAAAAAAAAUUAAAAAAAAAAUAGUUUUGCUAUUCUUAGGGAGGGAUGCUUUCAAACUCUCCCUCAGGUAUUUAUUACAGUUGCUUUUACCAUUUGACUAGAAACAAUUUGAUCACAAGUAAAUAAGACCAAAUAAUGAUAUCCUAAUUUUAAAACUAUAGGUUGUAAUUCAAUAAAUUAACUGUUAAAAGGAAGGCAGUAUAAUAUAUGCAAUUCAUGAAUCAUAAUGAAUUAUUUUAUGGUUUAAUGAGUCCAGUUGUAUUGACUAUAGAGACCAAAUCUUUCCUUCUUUGCUCCCCUUAAGGACUAGGACUGUCAAAACUGGUUGUUAGUAAUAUUUAUGUCAGUUAUAUGUUAAUUUUUUUUGUUUUAAGAAUGUAUACUAAAAAAUUACUGUUUUGUUAUAUGGAGUAGUGAACUUUCAUCUAAUAAAAGCAUACAUGAAAUAUAUUGUAUCUUAGAUACAAAAAUCUAUUCCUUUCUAUUUAUUGAAAUGUUUUAUUUCACUUCUUGUCAACAGGUGAAAAGUAGUAUUCAGUCACACUCUAUGUAAUUUCUCUAUUUGAGACAUGCAGCACUUACAAAGUAGGCAUCUUCAAUUGCACAUACUGUUGAAACAUGUGAAUCUGAGUCACACACACACCCAAGCAUUUCUUUUUGUAACUCGAGAGGCGGUGUGCUCUUUUAUCCUUUGGGCAUGAUCCUGUGUGAGCUCUGACAUCCUCUAGGAGAUUGAUCUUUUCUCCAAAACAGUGAAAAUAACUGGCCACCUGAAAAACUUCCCAAGUUCAUAACCUUGUGCUUUUUCAAAGUACUCAGGUGCUCAAUUUAAGUCCUGUGACUGCUCUUAAACUCCAUAGUGCUGGCAGAAACAGUGCUUGAAAAUCUGCAUCUCAAUUUUGAGUUAAGGUCAACACUCCCAUGUCCUACAGUACAGAACUAUGUACUCUAUUUACAACUAGCAAAUUUCAGUUAUUUUUAUAAAUAUUUAUAAUUUCAAAAUAAAAAAUUGAUGUAGCCACAAGCAAAAGAGUUUUUUGGCUCAUUCCUGUUUUUAAAAAUGUACUUCAAAUUAAAUUUUAUACUGACUUUGUUAUAUAACCACAUAAAAGCUAAAUAUUAUUUUGUAUGUUUAAUGUAAGGUUAUUAAAUUUGAAAAUUCAGGGACUACUUUGGCUUAAUUACUGAGACUAAUUUAUUCUUAGUCAAAUAAAAAAAGUUGUGCCAUUCUAUUGCAGCUAUCAGUGAAGGGAGGAAAAAUUUUCAAUAUGAUUAGCUUCUGUUAUUAUACAAUUACUAUUUAAAUUAUGGCAUCAAAAGAUAAAAUAAUUGAGACUUAAUAAGCAAUUAGUCAUAGAUCUAAAAACUUACUGAACUCAAAACAUAGUGGCACUUUUUUCUCCUGAAUGUUCUAGACUUCAUUUAAAAGCCUCAGGUAUAUUGAAUUUCAAGUUUCUCAAUUUAUAUACAAAAUUAACAAUAAAUGUAAACAUAAAGAUAAAAAGCAUUUUAGAAGCUGCUACACUGAAGUAACUAUUUCAUGGCACAAAGCAAUGAUGUACCAUGUAGGAUAAUUCUACGUAUAAUUCAACCUGUGGUAUAUGAUUAUAUCACCAUGCUUUUAUGUUUUUGUUUUUAACUUUUUGAAAGACUAGGAUAGAAAUCUGAACAAAGAUCAUUUUAAAUACCACAAAGUGAUAAACUUCAGCUACUCAUAACAUUUAAAAUAAAUACAUUAAUUAUAAUUGUCUAUGCAUAAAUGUAGUUUUGAGUCAGUUUUACAAAAGCCAUUAUCAAACCACUAUAUCAUUAUGUUAACUUGAUAAUUGUACCUAAUAUAAUGUGGUCUUGACCAUGAUCUUGAAAAUAUCAAAUGCAAAAUAGAAAAAUAGAAGAUACUCAAUUGCAAAGCAUGUAGUAAACUUUAGAAUUUAUAUGUUUGAACACAACCACCUAGGAGUAGCUUGCCACCCCUGACUUGUUUUCACAUGCUAAAUAAAUACUCAUUGAAAACUGUUGUUCUGUGCAUUGUUUUUUAAUUGCCCAGACUUACAUUAGCCAUGUUGCAGACAGUUAAAAUGGAACAGUGUAAUCUCUGACUCCAUGUAAAAAGUCAACUGCAAAUCUGAUUACUAUCUUCUUGACAACUUACUGUGUUGCUAUAUUUAUUUAAAUAAAGUGAGUUCUUGAAAAUUA